AUGUCACCCCUCACCAAGAAAUACCUUCCCUCUAAACUUAGGGUACACACUGCCCAGACUGUCCUGCCAGACUAUCCAUUUUCAGAUUCCCGGUUCUUCAUCAUGUACAACAGAGCAAAAGCCGCUUGUAAGGCUUCUGGAGUACCCAUGUUACAAGAAAAUGGCGAUCAACACCUUGCCAUGCUUGACCAAGCCGGGUUGGAUGUGGUAUACGUAGAAGAGUCAGGCGACAAGCGACCUGUUAUCAUGGGGAAAGGGGCUAUCAUACGAGACUGCAUCACGUAUAUGAAAUACGUUGCUGCAGGCACUCAAACAGCGCCUUCAACAUCUGCGAUAGCAUCCUCGCCCGUGUUAUCCUGUAGAAAGCCAAGGGGAACGGUACGGACAAGCUGGAAAUAUGCUGACCGGACAAGCUAG